CAAUUCCUCGAUGACCACAACAACGCGCCGCAGAAUCUGCAGCCGUCCCGUCGUCGCAAACCGCCCCGGUCCCCAAGCCGCCAGCUAGUUUACCUCUAACAAUAGUGCAAUAGAGCGCUUGUGCGGCGACGCGGCCGCGUACAUUCGCCGUACGGCCAUACUGCCAUACUGUACUGUAUUGUACAGUACAGCGCCGCCAGCAACCUUGGAACUGUUGCGACGACGAUGGAAUGCGUGCCGGUAUCGCUGCCGCAUCUCCCAUAUCAGGGGCUGCUAUGCCGAGGGGCUGUCGAUCCGGCGCACAGCGCGCGGGCUCAGUGGGCGGCGGCGGGCGCGACGUGGGAUACCGAGGCGGGAUAUAGAAGUGCUCCUCCAUGGGUGAAGUGCCCAUUGGUGCUACGUGGCAGAGCAGUCGGCGAGCGUCGGUGUCGAUUGUAUAUAAGAAAGAGGAGCGGCGGCGGCGGCCUGCUGCACAACAGCCCGCGACUCUUUGCCCCGUGGAAUCCUUCUCCCGGAAUGCGGACAACAGUGCGUCGAGCGCGAGGCAUUCCGCUCCUUCGUGGGAUGAGGGCAUGGACGGCCAGCGCUCCGCGAACACGCCCGGCACACCAGCGCGCCGUCUCGUCUCCCGCGGCCGCAGCGAGCGUUGCAGUGGGCGCCGAGCACUGCGCAGCUGCACGGGAGCAGCCAACGCAAAACCGCGCGAGACGAGCGGUCCACCUGUGUGCGGUAUCAGGCAUGCCCCCAGUGCGACGACGAUUGGCCGCGGGGGGUUCGUCCCGCCGCGGCCCUGUGGCGCCAGCUCCCAGCGACCCGCGAGCGUACACAGGACGAGCAGCGCCUCACAUCGAUUGGAAAUGCACCGGCGGGAGCUGGUCGAGCCCGGCCGCCGCAGCUGAAGCACCCAGCUCCUCCGCCGCGACGCAUUGGGCGCCGCGCGCGCGCGAGGCCGCCGUUCUGUUGUUUAUCGGGCCAAAUUACGUGCUGCAAGUCAUCCAGGAUAACCGGGCCACACUCUAAACUCGCGUCUUCUGUGUCCCUAAUUUCACCAGGCGUUUCCGUCUCUCUCCUUCCCGCGACCAGCCUCAUGGUUCUCUUUUGACUCUUCUCUGCCGGCUGGCAUGAGGUCCUGGGAACGAACUUUUCUGUUUUUCUGCCUCUCGUUUGAUGUGUUCCUCUUCUACUCUCGUUAUUGUCCCCCCGUUCGCAGUCGCCGCGACGAGACACGGGUCUCAUUCUUACCGCGCGCCUCUGCAGCUACUUUACGGCCUUGUGAUCGCUCGUUGCUCAAUUUGUCUGGUUGCAUUCCCCAUCGAAUCGCCG